ACGUCAAACAAAAGUGUCAAGUUUGUUGUGAUUUUGCUACCCAUGCUGAAGAACCCAGAAUUGUUCACUAAAAAUUCUACAGUUCUUCUGCAUUAAUCGGAUUUUAGCGAUUUGUUUCAAGAUAAAGUUUGCUUGCAGUGCUUGCAAUGUCAGUUACCCAACGCGUACAGCAAUGGGCUACAUUCGCCAGAACAUGGCACAUAUUCGAUUGCACAUGGCAAAACCCAUUUGAAGCGGCAUCUUUGAUAAGAAAACACUUGAUGGGUUUGCAUAAACCAAUUUACCACCCUAUGAAUGAUUGUGGAGACCACGUAGUGGUAAUCAACACGGCCGAAAUCGCACUUCCUGGUGAUGAGUGGAAAAAACGCGCCUACUUCCACCAUACAGGGUAUGCGGGCGGAGCAAGCUGGACACUGGCAUGGCAACUGCACGACAAAGAUCCAACCAUGAUUAUGAAGAAAGCAGUCUACCGUGCCAUGAAAGGAAAUCUACAGCGCCGACACACGAUGCAAAGGCUUCAUCUGUUUAAGGGUGAUGAAGUGCCGAAGGAGAUGCUUGACAAUGUAACCAACCAAAUACGCCAACCGCGGCGUGUUCCAGAACGUUUGGAUCACAUCGACCCGGACAUGGUUCGUAAUUUCCCCAAAAUUAUGGACUACCCCAAGGAUUACAUUCUGCGAUAAGUGGCGCAUUUGCUAGUUUAGUCCAGUUGCUUGCAUUAGUUUUCCCCACGUGGUUAGCAAUAAAUUAAAAACGUCCGUAUGUAUAAUAGUGA